CGCGCCUUCCCACAGUGCUCCUCGGCAGUCGCUAUGGAGGCCGGCAGGACUGCGGUGCUGCGCGUGAAGCGGAAGCGUAGCGCGGAGCCUGCAGAGGCUCUCGUGCUGGCCUGUAAACGCCUCCGGAGCGGCGAGGUCGAGUCGUGUGCUCAGGAGACGCCAGAGCGUCCGGAUUCGGCGGCUGAGAGUAAUGUCUUCCAGUUGGUUGCUACCGUGCGCUCCCAGGAGGAGCCAAUCCAGCAGCUUGUGCGGGCUGCCCUGCGCCCGUCCCGGAGCAGCCAGCUGCGUAUCCGCCGCGAUCUUCGGGCCUCAGUUCGCGAGGUUCGUAAAGAGGGCCGCUACAGAGUAGUCUCCAGCCACCGAGCCUCGGGGAUCUCCAGUAGUUUGGAGCCACGCUGUGUGUCAGAAGAUGUCGGGGAUGCAGGCUUCCAGUUGUUGGACUUGGUCCACGAGGAGGGAGACCUAGAGGCGGCGGCCACAGACUGCUGCAGAACAUCUGAUCCAGAUGUGAUCCUCUGCAAUUCUGUAGAGUUGAUCCGUGAGAGGUUGACUGUAUCUGAAGAUGGACCACAAGUGGAGCACCAGAAGGAAUCAAAGCACAAUGAUGACUACGUAUAUGACAUUUACUAUAUGGAGAUGGCCCCUCCAGGAUGGAUUGAGAACAUCCUCUCUGUGCAGCCCUACAGCCAGGAGUGGGAGCUGGUGAAUGAUGAUCAGCAACCAGAAGAUACAUAUGAAGAUGAAGAUGAUGAAAACAGUGAAAAUAAUUGGCGCAAUGAGUACCCAGAUGAAGAAAGCAGUGAUGGAGAUGGAGAUUCUAGAGACUCUAAUGAAUACAACAGCCUCAGUGAGGAGGAAAGAGGCAGCAGACAGUUGGUGUGGAGCAAGUACCCUUUGGAUGUACAGAAGGAGUUUGGCUAUGAUAACCCCCAUGAUCUGGAUUCAGAUUGAUGGUCUGGUGAGAUUUUUCCAAAAGCCCUUGAGAGCUCUGUGACUGCAGUGCCAUCAUCUUAGGAUGUCUAACUGAACAUGUAGAAAGAAAAGCUAUACCCAAGCACAGUGAAGACUUAACUGAGGGCUCUUCUACUUAUAUGUGACAAGUGAAGCCAAGCAUGCUGGCUCAGGCCUGUAAUUUCCAGCAUUCAAGAAUCUGGAAGCAAAAGGAGAACUGAAAAUGCAAGGCUGGCCGAGAUUACAUAAAAGUUCUAGGCCAACCUGGGCAAAAGAAUAAGAUUCUAUUUUUUAAAAAGCAAGUGAUCCUACAGUCUGAAAAUAAAAUUAUGUAAAACCUCCA